CAGGAUAUGUAGAAAGACCAGUGGUGACCCCGGCCAAGAGGGGGUGCAGCGUGGCUUCACGGGGGGGGGGAGGAGGGCUCUGGGGCUAAAGGAGGUGAGACGAAGGGCAAGUGGAGUGGGCCGUGGCGUAGCUGUUUGUGUGUUUUGGACGAGGCCAACGAGAAAGAAGGCCCGAGCGCGCUGAAUUCACGUGACUACAGUGAUCCCAGCGCCUCUCUGCUGUGCUGUGUGCCUGUAUUGCGUUGCUUUGUGUGUAUUUAUUUGUGUAUUGUGUUUACAUUUGUAAUGUGCAUAUUUCUCUGAGACUUUGCAAGAAUUUUUGGUGGAACG